GGGAGGCAGAAAUGAAAACUGACCGUGGAACCUGGAGUUGUCGAGCCAGUCUUUGAGGUGUCGUGGAAGGUUCUUUGGAUCCAUAUAAGUGUGCGGUACUACUCUGAAAUGUGUCAAAUAUUUCGCUUGUUGCGAUUUUGUUCAGUCCAAGUGCAGAGUGUGGGCGCCGUCGUGGGGUCGGUAUAGUUUACGUACAGUUUCUCCCUCAUUUUCGAUGCUGGCUUCAAGCUUUGCAACGCGCGAGCACCACACGUGGCGCACAGAGCAAUGGUACAAAACAUGGGAAAGAUUACCAUGUAUGAAGGAAGUUACAAGCUUCAAACUUCCUAAGCUUCGUAAAACGUACUUAACCUUUCCGGCUUUGAUAAAGAAGGUAAUUAACAUGCUUCCUGUUACGAAAGCAAAGCAAAAAUUGGGAUCUCUACCCCAGAGUUCAGCACGUACGAAAACAGAAACUACCAUUUUGUUUGUGAAACAAGCGUGCAACAAGAAACGCUCACAGCGUUUGAUGAGGAAAGUUGAUAUAGAGACCAUAAUUGUCUUUUCGAGUGAACACAGAACACAAGCUGCAAUGUACAUGAAGCCAGCCUGUCUGUGUAUCUUAUGCAAAAUUAAAGUGACUUGCCCUUAGCGAUAAUGUACUACCUAAUAGUAGUACCAUAAAGUGCUACUAUAGUGUAUAGUACUUCUAUAUACAGCUACUAUAUAGUGGCACAUCAUCGCCAAGGCUUUCAUUUUGCACAGACAGUAUAUCAUUGCAAAGAGUUCAGUGCAGGUCCUGAAGGUAACGCACGGGCUUUCUUCUCAGCACCACCGCCCAUUACGUCUUCUGUGCCAAUCGUCUUCACUCGGCACAAGAGGUAGAAGAGACCAUGGUGCACGAGCUUAUUCAUGCAUACGAUGUACGUAUCUAGUGGACUAGUCACAGUAGUGGAGUCAUAUGAUUCUCUUUGUAGUUUACGGUGCGCAAGAUCGAUUUCCCGAAAACACUUCACAUCGCAUCGGGCAGCAAAGUUGCCAGCACUUUUGCCUUGUGAUAGCACUCGGACCCACGCGUGAUCGAAUCUCACUAAAAUCAGCGUUCAAAU